GAUUAUUUUCGUAACAGUUGAGCAAGAAAAUAAGUAGAAACUUAAAAACAAGCAAAAUGACUUGACAACAAAAUUGCCUUGAAGUUUAAUUCUACUUUGAAGUAAUGAAGCAACACUUCUAAAGGGUUUAUUCAGAAAAUUAGCGUCGUUUCCUUGCUAUAAAGAUGUCAGUCAGUAGAGAGAAAGCUAGGCUGACCAAUUCAGCCAGCCAGCUACCAAGACUGCCUCCUAUAGGGUCACCUACUACACCAAGCAGCUCUAAACUUGAUAACAGCCGAUUGAGGACAUACAGAAGAAGUGAACAGAUGCAAGACCUUCUUGCUGAUAUCCUAUAUCAAAAAGCAGAUGGUUCUUUAAAGGAUACGGUGGAAAGCCUUGAGAGGAAACCAUUUCCUCCAGGGGAGCCAGACCUACCUUCACAGAUGAUGAGCUCUGAAAGAAGAAUCAGGUUGAAUUAUCACUAUUUAAAGAAGUGUGUGCAAGAAGGACCUGUAACGCCGAUGGCACAGAAAUGGUGGGAUACUAUCCUUACCAUGAUCCCAUCAAGACUUGUUCAGUCGCCAUGGUUACAGUCAUACAUUGAUGAACUGCAUCAAGAAAUCGAAAAGGAAUAUGAAGCCAGUAUGAAGAAAUCGAUGGUACAACACAUUCUUGUGAAACCUAAAGUAAAGGGAGUGGAAGGAGAURAAGAUUUACCUGAAGAUGCUGUGGGUUUGGAUUUCUCCAGUCCAUGGAGAGACAGUUUCAAUGCAGCAAGAGAUAUGAUCAAACAAAACUUACAUAUAUUACAUCCAUCUAUGCAGACUAUACUGAACAUCUGUCAGAGUAGGAAUUAUGCAUCAAUGCUCAUCACUGACCAAUCGGGCCUCAGAAGUCAAGGUCCUAUCGAGUGUGAGCAUUUGAAAAAUAAUGUCACUCUGGAUUGUGAGAAAACAGAUGAAAAACUCAUGCACAGUUGGUUCCCAGAGGUGGUGAAUGUUUUCAUAGACAAAAACAUGUUAAAGCAUCUCAGUACCAGCCAGACUGAUGCAUUUUACAACAGUGUCUCAGUUCUAAUCUCCAAUCAGCUGAAUGAUAUGAUAACCAGGACAAUCAUGGCCUGGGAAUCUUUGUUUCAAGAGAACAACAAAAACAUGCUACCAAUGUUUAAGAUGGAGUUAAUCCUUGAUGAUGACGAUAACAUGCAGUUCUACCCAGUCUUGAGUGAUGUAGAGGGAGCUGUCCUCCAUGUGGUUGAUACUGUUGCUAAUACUAUGCAGAGUGUUCCKACUGUACAGUCUUGGUUGGCUGGUGGCAAUACAGUAAACCAUGUAGAUGCCAAAAUAGAUGAAGCUGUUCUUCAGAAGUGUAAAGUGUUUCUCAAACAAGCCGUGAAGRAAAACCUUGAGCAGCCAGUUGAAUACCUCCAUUCUUUUGACAAGUACGACAACCUUGUUUCAGGAGAAGCGAGAAGACUAAUCAAUGAAUUUAUGGCAGCAGAUCAUUCUUUUGAAGAGUACACACAGGAAAUCCAUMGAUAUCGGUCACUUGCCCGAGAAAUAAACAGCUUACCAACCAUAGCCUACUUCGAUAUGGUCCAGUUAGACUGUGAUGAUCUUAAGAGAGGACUCGCAAGUAAAGCCAACAAGUUUGCUGAUGAACUCCUCAAUAAAUUAGCUGAAGAACACCGCUCUGAAAACAAACGAAUCAUCUCCGAGUAUGAAUCGAUUAAAGAAAAGGCUAUGCGAGUACCAGAAGACACCAAGGAAAUGAUCGAACUGCAGAAAUUUGUGGAGGAAGCAAAGAGUMAAGGGCUUGUUAAGCUUGGAAACGAUAUCAAAGAAUCGUUCAACAGGCUAUCGUAUCUCCUGGAUGUYUUUACCUUUACACAAGAAGACAUGGAAGUCAAUUCUGUGGUGCUGAACUGGCCCAAGGCUAUUGAUCCCAUCUUCGAUCUUAAUGACGAGAUUGUCGCUGGAGCACAGAAGAAGAAUGAGAGUGCUUUGCUCGAGAAGCGAGAAAAAGUCAUGCUGGAGCUAUCAAAACUCAGCAGACGUGUAGAAGAGUUCAAGGAAUGCGGUGAUCUAGACAUGAUGGCACAGUAUAUCAAGGACGUCCAGUCUGUACAGAAGAAACUAAGUGAAUCCGUUGAAACCAUUGGAUUCAUCAAUGAGGAAGAAGACCUGUUCAAAUGGGAAUGUACUGACUAUCCUGAAGUGGAGGCAAUCACCAAAGCUAUCGAGCCUUAUCARAAGCUCUUCUCUGUGGUGGUUAAAUGGCAGAAGUCCGAAAAGAAAUGGAUGGAUGGUGCUUUCCUGGAACUGAAUGCUGAAGCAAUAGAAGCAGAGGUUGAAGAAUUUGGUCGCGAGAUGUACAAAAACGUUAAGAUYUUCCAAGUGAUGAAGAAAGAAGARGAAAAGGARAAAAAAGCAGCAAGAGGUCGUAUCAAAGAUUCCAAAGAUAAUGAAGAGGAAGUAACCGAACUGGCCGGCAUUAAAGUUGGUCAAACUGUACAACAACAGAUCAGAGAUUUCAAGGAACACAUCCCGCUGAUUGGUAUCAUGUGYAAUCCUGGUAUUCGUCCUCGUCAUUGGAAGGCUAUGUCAGAGAUUGUUGGAUUUGAUGUYACUCCAGAUUCAGGUUCAACUCUGCGCAAAGUGCUUAAGCUCAAUCUUGGUCCGUUCUUGAAUGWAUUAGAAGGAAUAAGUGGCGGUGCUAGUAAGGAAUUUUCGUUGGAAAGAGCAAUGCAGCGCAUGGUCGAUGACUGGGAUGCUAUUAUCUUCAAUACCACCCAGUACCGAGACACAGGUGUGUCUAUUUUGGCUGCUGUAGAUGAAAUCCAGACAACACUUGAUGAUCAGAUAGUCAAGACRCAGACCAUGAGAGGAUCGCCUUUUAUUAAACCAUUCGAAACUGAAAUCAAGGCCUGGGAAGAGAGGUUGUUAAAGAUGCAAGAGAUCAUUGACGAAUGGUUAAAAGUACAGGCACAGUGGUUGUACCUAGAGCCUAUCUUCAGCUCCGAGGACAUCAUGCAGCAGAUGCCUGAAGAAGGAAGGAAGUUCAAGACUGUUGAUCGGAAUUGGAGAGAUAUCAUGAACUAUGUAGCUAAAGAUGCAAAGGUGCUGCAUGCUACUGCAAUGCCAAACAUGUACGAGCGUCUGAAGGACAGCAAUAGCCUGCUUGAUGAAAUCAACAAGGGCCUAAACGCYUAUCUGGAAAAGAAACGACUCUUCUUCUCCAGAUUCUUCUUUCUGUCCAACGACGAAAUGCUUGAGAUCCUGUCCGAGACAAAGGAUCCAUAUCGGGUGCAACCACAUCUCAAGAAAUGCUUCGAAGGCAUCGCUAAACUUGAAUUUACGCCUUCUCUGGAUAUUACGAGCAUGUUCAGCAGUGAGGGCGAAAAGGUACCUCUGAGUGAAGUAAUCUCGACAACAGAAGCACGUGGUGCCGUAGAGAAAUGGCUGUUACAAGUACAGGAUAUCAUGCUCCUCAGUAUUAGAGACAUCAUCGAGAAAUCCGUCCAGGUAAGAUGUAUUUGUCAUACGAUUAUCGUUUUAACUUUUNNNNUGCAGAUCGUCAUCUGCACCAGUCAGAUUUACUGGACACAGGAAGUCCAUGAUGCAAUUAAUUCUGGMCCUAAUGGACUCAAAGAAUACCACGAGAAGCUAACAUCUCAAUUGGAGGAAAUAGUUGUGCUUGUUCGAGGAAAACUCUCCAAACAGAACCGUGUGACACUCGGUGCCUUGGUGACCAUUGAUGUCCAUGCWAGAGAUGUUGUGCACGAUAUAGCAAACAAAGGAGUCACUCAAGAAAACGACUUCCAGUGGUUGUGCCAGCUUCGCUAUUACUGGGAACAGGAGAAGUGUAUAGUACGAAUCAUUAAUGCAUCUGUGACGUAUGGYUGUGARUAUCUCGGCAACUCUGGAAGGCUUGUCAUCACUCCUUUGACUGAUCGAUGCUACCGAACCCUWAUGAGCGCAUUCCAUCUUAAUCUUGGUGGUGCACCAGAAGGUCCAGCAGGCACAGGCAAGACAGAGACUACCAAGGAUUUGGCYAAAGCUCUUGCUAUACAAUGCGUUGUCUUCAACUGUUCUGACGGCCUGGAUUACCUACAGAUGGGAAAGUUCUUCAAGGGUUUGGCUUCAUGUGGUGCGUGGGCAUGCUUUGAUGAGUUCAACCGCAUCGAGUUAGAGGUGUUGUCCGUGGUCGCYCAGCAGAUCCUGUGCAUUCAGCGUGGUAUAGCAGCUCAUCAGACAAGAUUUGUCUUCGAAGGAACUGAACURAAUCUUAAUUCUAACUGUUAUGUGGCCAUCACUAUGAACCCAGGGUAUGCUGGUCGAUCAGAGCUUCCUGAUAACCUUAAGGUGUUGUUCCGUACAGUAGCCAUGAUGGUUCCUGAUUACGCACUGAUUGGUGAGAUCAUGCUGUAUUCAUAUGGAUUCCGCGAUGCUCGUAAUUUAUCAGUCAAGAUCGUCACUACAUACAAAUUAUGCUCAGAACAGYUAUCGUCGCAGUUUCAUUAUGAUUACGGUAUGCGUGCAGUAAAAGCUGUCCUCGCAGCUGCUGGUAACCUCAAGUUAAAGUAUCCCAACGACGACGAGAACGUUCUAUUAUUACGUUCCAUCAUGGAUGUUAACCUUCCUAAAUUCCUUUCCCAUGAUAUUCCUUUAUUCGAGGGUAUUAUCUCGGAUUUGUUUCCUGGAAUUAGUCUACCAAAGGCUGAUUAUGGAGUUUUCCUGGACACCGUGAAAGAGGUCUGCGACAAGAAGAACAUCCAGUUCGUGGAUUUCUUCAGCGAGAAAAUCAUACAGACGUACGAGAUGAUGAUUGUACGUCACGGUUUCAUGAUGGUCGGCGAUUCGUUCUCCGGGAAAACAACGGUUUUACAAGUACUUGCCCAAGCCAUGACUACCUUACACGACCRCGGCUAUGACGACGAGAAUAUAAAUAAGGUUUGGUAUCGUAUUAUCAAUCCCAAAGCCAUCACAAUGGGUCAGUUAUUUGGACAGUUUGAUCCUGUUUCUCAUGAGUGGACAGACGGUAUCGUAGCCAACACAUUCCGUGAGUAUGCCUCGGAUCAGACUGACAUACGCAAAUGGGUUAUAUUUGAUGGUCCUAUUGACACACUAUGGAUUGAGAGCAUGAACACUGUACUGGACGAUAACAAAAAGCUGUGUUUGAUGAGCGGUGAAAUCAUACAGCUCUCAAAUGUCAUGAGUCUAAUCUUCGAAUGCAGAGAUUUGUCCCAGGCUUCUCCUGCUACUGUAAGUCGAUGUGGUAUGAUCUACUUGGAGCCAGCUUCUCUAGGUUGGGAUCCUAUCCUACAGUCCUGGAUCAAAGCCUUACCAGAACUACUGAGUGGUGAACAUGCCAAGUUGAUCAUAGCUCUCUUUCACUGGGCGUUACCAGCUUGCUUGGCUUUUGUACGAAAAAAGUGUAAAGAGAUAGUGCCUUGUGCUGAUAGUAAUUUGGCACGCUCACUGAUGAACCUCGUUGAAAUAAUGUUAAAAGAAGCAACAGAAGGAGACUCUAAGCACCUCAAAAUAUGGAUUGUGUCUUCGUUCUUGUUCUCCGUGGUAUGGUCGGUUGGAGCAUGCGUAGAUACAGACAGUCGAGCCAAGUUUGACGUGUUUUUCAAGGAUCUCAUGGCAGGCAAGAUCGAAGAUCAUCCCAUYCCUAAUAUAGUUGGUAAGAUCGAGGCACCCAUCCCUUCUGAAGGGCAGGUCUACGACUUCCUCUUUGAGCGUAAAAAUCGUGGUAGUUGGAUUCAAUGGACAAAACUAAUCAAAUCGACUUCCCUCGGUGGUAAAAAUACGAGAAUCAGUGAUAUCAUUGUACCUACCAUGGAUACUGCCCGGUAUUCAUACCUCAUGGACCUAAUGAUACACAAUGAUAAACCUCUCAUGUUCGUGGGCCCUACUGGUACAGGCAAGUCAGUGUAUGUCAAAGACAAGCUCAUGAAUGGAUUGCCUAAGGAUCAGUUCUUACCGGCCUUUGUUAACUUCUCUGCUCAAACCAGCGCAAACCAGAGCCAGGAUAUCAUCAUGUCUAAACUUGAUAAGAGACGUAAGGGUGUGUUUGGGCCUCCUGUGGGAAAGAGGUUCAUCAUUUUCGUUGAUGACGUCAACAUGCCUGCACUAGAGAAAUAUGGCGCCCAGCCCCCCAUCGAGCUGCUCCGACAAUACCUGGACCAUAGAAACUGGUACGACCGAAAAGACACUUCCAAAAUAUCUCUGAUUGAUCUCCAGUUCAUUUGCGCCAUGGGUCCACCCGGUGGAGGGCGUAACCCGGUGACUCAGCGCUUCUUACGUCAUUUCAAUGUAAUUUCCGUGGCAACGUUUAAUGACGAGACCAUGCAGAGGAUCUUUUCAAGCAUCGUCAAUUUCUACUUCAGGAAUCAUGAAUUCCCUACUGAUACGUUUGCUGCAGGGAACAACGUGGUUUCUGCCACCAUGGAGAUAUACAAGCAAGCCAUGGACAACCUUCUCCCUACUCCAGCCAAGUCUCACUACACAUUCAACCUGCGUGACUUUUCCCGAGUAGUACGCGGUGUUCUAUUGAUUAAAAAAGAUGCUCUGAAAGACAAGAAAACAGUUACAAGGUUAUGGGUACAUGAGGUAUAUCGUGUGUUCUAUGAUCGUCUAGUGGAUGAUAAAGACAGAGCAUGGCUUCAUUCACUUUUAAAGACAGUUACAAAAGAGCACUUUAAAGAAGACUUUGAUUCACUCUUCAAACAUUUGUCUUCUAACAACAAAACGGCUUCUGAGGACGACAUGAGAAGCUUGAUGUUCUGUGACUUCCUCAAUCCUGAUGUGAUGGCGGAAGAUCGUUUAUACCAAGAAGUGGAAUCAGUAGAAGAUUUAUACAAGAUCACUGAAAGCUACCUGGAUGAGUACAACCAAACCCACAAGACAGUAAUGAAUCUUGUUAUUUUCAGAUACGUUUUAGAGCAUCUUGUUCGUAUCAGCCGUGUCCUGAAGCAACCAGGUGGCAACGCCCUCCUCGUGGGUGUUGGUGGCAGCGGCAGACAGUCUCUCUCACGACUUGCUGCUGACAUUGCUGGUUUUGCCGUCUUCCAGCCUGAGAUCUCUAAGAGCUAUGGUAUGCCAGAAUGGAGAGAAGAUAUUAAGACUCUUCUGAAAAGUGCUGGUUGCCAGAUGAAGCCCACAGUGUUCUUGUUAACUGAUAGCCAAAUCAAAGAAGAAUCUUUCUUAGAAGACGUGGACAGCUUGCUGAAUACUGGCGAAGUUCCUAAUCUAUUUGCUGUUGAUGAAAAGGCAGAGCUUAACGAGGCGGUAAGACCCGUGGCUCAAUCUCAGGCUGAAGACAAGAAUGUGGAGUUUUCUCCCCUUGCGCUGUUUAACUUCUUUGUCAACUGUUGCAAAGAGAAUCUUCAUAUCAUGUUGUGCAUGAGUCCUAUUGGUGAUGCAUUCAGGAACAGGUUACGACAGUUCCCAGCUCUCAUCAACUGCUGCACCAUUGACUGGUUCCAGCCAUGGCCUCAAGAUGCUUUAGAGAUGGUAGCCAACAAGUUCCUGGAAGAUGCCCAUCUGACACAAAACGAACGCACUGAAAUCGUUCCCAUCUGCCAACACUUCCAUACAAGCGCACGUCAAUUAUCCGAAAAAUACCUUGAGGUGUUGGGUAGACAUAACUACGUGACGCCUACCUCCUACUUGGAAUUGAUCUCUUCAUUUAAAAGUCUUCUGGGAAAGAAGCAGGAUGAGGUUCUGAGAAACAAGCGACGUUAUGAAGUUGGACUAGAAAAGCUAGCAUUUGCUGCAUCUCAGGUUGCUGAUAUGCAAAAAGAACUAGAGGAAUUGCAGCCGCAGUUGGUGGAGACGGCAGCUGAGAACGACAAGAUGAUGGUGGUUAUUGAGAAGGAAUCCAAAGAGGUUGAAGCUACGAGUGAGAUUGUACGUAAAGACGAAGCAGCAGCGAACAUCAAGGCAGCAGAAGCGCAGGCCCUAAAGGACGAAUGUGAAGGAGAGUUAGCAGAAGCUAUCCCUGCACUAGAAGCUGCUCUUGCUGCACUUAACACUCUCAAGCCUGCUGAUAUCACAAUYGUCAAGUCCAUGACCAACCCUCCAGCUGGUGUAAAACUCGUCAUGUCAGCGGUGUGCGUAAUGAAGGAUCUGAAGCCAGACAAGGUGAAUGAUCCUUCAGGGACUGGCAAGAAGAUCCUGGACUACUGGGGUCCAUCCAAGAGAUUACUGGGUGAUAUGACCUUCCUCACUAGCUUGAAGGAAUACGACAAAGACAAUAUUCCUACCCAUAUCAUGGCAAAGAUCCGUAAAGAGUAUAUCCCCAACCCUGACUUUGAUCCUGUUAAAGUCAAGGCCGCCUCGUCUGCUGCUGAAGGUUUAUGUAAAUGGGUUAUUGCUCUGGAGAUCUAUGACCGGGUGGCAAAGGUUGUAGCUCCAAAGAAGCUGCGUCUUGCAGAAGCAGAAUCAUCGCUAGCAGAGACCAUGAUCCUGUUGAAUGCCAAGCGACAGGAACUAGCUGAGGUCGAGGCCAAACUUGCCACCCUUAAAGAACAGUUCCAGGAAACCACAGAGAAGAAAGAACAACUAGAAUUCCAGGUCGACCUUUGCUCAAAGAAGCUUGUACGCGCAGAGAAGCUGAUAGGAGGUUUGGGAGGUGAAAAAGACCGCUGGUCACAAGCAGCGCGGUCCUUACAGGAUAUUUAUGAUAACUUAACUGGUGAUGUCUUGAUAUCUUCUGGUGUUAUCGCGUAUUUGGGUGCGUUUACUGCUGGAUUCAGGAAAGAAUGCUGUCAUGAUUGGACCAGUAUUUGUAAGUCCAAGAACAUCCCCUGCUCAGAUGAUUUCUCCUUGAGUAAGACCCUCGGUGAAGCGAUCAAGAUAAGAGCGUGGAACAUUGCUGGUCUACCCACGGACUCGUUCUCUAUUGAUAAUGGUGUUAUAGUGGACAGCGCUAGAAGAUGGCCUCUAAUGAUAGAUCCACAAGGCCAGGCCAACAAGUGGAUAAAAAAUUCAGAAAAAGAUUGUCAGCUAUCGGUCAUCAAGCUGACAGAUUCAGAUUACAUUCGUACCUUGGAGAACAGCAUACAGUUUGGUAACCCGGUUCUACUAGAAAAUGUAGGCGAAGAACUCGACCCUUCACUAGAACCUUUGUUGUUAAAACAAACCUUCAAGCAAGGGGGCGUGACCUGCAUUCGUCUAGGAGAAUCUGUGAUAGAAUACUCUGCUGACUUCAGAUUCUACAUUACUACCAAGCUACGUAAUCCUCAUUACCUUCCCGAGCUAUCAACCAAAGUAACAUUACUGAACUUCAUGAUAACACCCGAGGGUUUACAGGACCAGUUGCUUGGUAUCGUUGUGGCCAAAGAAAGACCUGAUCUAGAGGAGGAGCGUCAGGCAUUAAUCGUGCAAAGUGCUGCCAACAAAAAACAACUUAAAGAGAUUGAAGAUAAAAUCCUUGAAACGCUGUCUUCUUCUGAGGGAAAUAUUCUAGAGGAUGAGACGGCUAUCAAGAUCCUUGAUUCCUCCAAGGUUUUGUCAGAUGAGAUAUCUAAAAAACAGAAAAUCGCAGACGAAACAGAAGCAAAGAUCAACGAGUCCCGUCGUGGGUAUAACCCCAUUGCGGCACAUGCGUCAGUGUUAUUCUUCUCCAUUACUGACCUGCCUAAUAUUGAUCCUAUGUACCAGUAUUCAUUGACUUGGUAUGUCAAUCUCUUCCUUAACUCCAUACACGACAGUAACAAGUCCAAGAUUCUUGAAAGACGUCUUCGUUACCUCAGCGAUCACUUUACGUACAACUUGUACUGUAAUGUGUGCAGAUCGCUGUUCGAGAAAGACAAGCUGCUCUUCUCCUUCGUGUUGUGCAGUAACAUUCUUAAAUCCAAGUCAGAACUGGACAUGGAUGAGUUUAUGUUCUUCUUGACUGGAGGAGUAGGACUGGAAAAUAAGCUCGAAAAUCCGGAUCCAUCGUGGCUAUCAGACAGAUCCUGGGAUGAAGUAUGCAGAAUGUGUGAUCUGCCUGGUUUCAAAGACUUUAGAAAAAGCUUCAGUAACAACRCCUACGAGUGGCGCAAAAUCUACGACAGCAAAGAACCACACCGCGCACCGUUCCCUGCUCCCUGGUCUGAGCAGUUAACAGACUUCCAGAAAAUGAUUGUUAUUAGAUGUCUGAGACCUGAUAAGGUUGUACCUCUUGUAACGAACUUCGUCGAAGACAAAUUAGGUGUCAAGUUUGUUCAACCACCACCUUUUGAUUUAGCCAAGAGCUACUUGGAUUCGAAUGCUUGCGCUCCUCUUCUGUUUAUUCUCUCCCCUGGUGCUGAUCCUAUGGCAGGUCUAAUGAAGUUUGCUGGUGAUAAAGGAUUCAGUGGUGAUAAGUUUAAUGCCAUAUCUCUUGGUCAGGGACAGGGUCCUGUAGCAGCAAAACUGAUAUCAGAAGCCAUGCAGAACGGUUCAUGGGUGGUACUACAGAACUGUCAUUUAGCGGUGUCCUGGAUGACGUCAUUAGAAAAGAUCUGUGAGGAUCUGAGUCUAGAAAAUACUAACCCUGACUUUAGAUUAUGGUUGACAAGCUACCCGUCCAACAAGUUCCCAGUGACUGUGCUCCAGAAUGGAGUCAAGAUGACCAACGAGCCUCCCACAGGACUGAGACAGAACUUGCUGCAGUCUUAUCUCAACGAUCCCAUCUCUGAUCCCGAGUUCUUUGCUGGUUGUGGAAACAAAUCACAGAUCUGGGAGAAGCUGUUGUUCGGUUUGUGUUUCUUCCACGCAUUGGUCCAAGAGAGAAGGAAGUUUGGUCCUCUUGGAUGGAACAUCCCUUAUGGAUUCAACGAGUCAGAUUUACGUAUCAGCGUUAGACAGCUACAGAUGUUCAUUAACGAAUACGAAGAGAUCCCAUUCGAUGCUGUGACGUACCUGACCGGCGAAUGCAAUUAUGGUGGCAGAGUAACUGAUGAUAAUGACAGACGCUGUUUAAUGAGCAUUCUCGCUGAUUUCUACGUCUCUGAUAUCAUCAACGACCCUAAGUACAAAUUCUCUCACAGCGGGAAUUAUUACGCGCCUCCGAAAGGGACGUACGAUGAAUAUGUAGAGUUUAUCAAGGACCUUCCACAGACACAGUCACCAGAAGUGUUUGGUAUGCACGACAAUGUUGACAUCUCUAAAGAACUACAAGAAACACGAAACUUGUUCGAUUCUGUUUUGUUAACCCAAGCACAAGGUGCUGGUGGAGGCGCUGGGAAGAAAACUGAAGAAACACUGUUGGAAAUUGCUAAAGACAUUCUUUCCAAGCUUCCAAAUAAUUUCGACUUGGAAGAGGCUUUGAAAAAAUAUCCAGUGACAUACGAAGAGAGUAUGAAUACUGUCCUGGUACAAGAGAUGGAAAGAUUUAACAAUUUGAUGAACAUCAUUCGUUCGAGUCUUCAAAACCUCCUAAAGGCAAUCAAGGGUCUAGUAGUGAUGAACUCUGAACUGGAAGCGUUGGCUGGUAGUUUACUUGUUGGGAAGGUGCCUGAAAUGUGGAUGAAGCGUUCCUAUCCAAGUCUCAAACCUCUUGGCAGCUACAUCAGUGAUUUUCUCGCUCGACUUAAGUUUCUACAGGACUGGUAUGAUAAAGAUAAGCCAGUGGUGUUCUGGAUAUCUGGAUUCUUCUUUACCCAGGCUUUUCUGACAGGUGCUAAACAAAACUACGCCAGGAAGUACACCAUUCCUAUUGACUUGUUGGGUUUUGAGUUUGAUGUGCUUACCAAAGACACAGCUGACUCGCCACCAGAUGAUGGCGUCUAUGUGCAUGGAUUGUUCUUGGAGGGAGCCCGAUGGGACAGGAAAAGGGGUGUCAUCGGUGAAUCUCUCCCUAAAAUCCUACAUGACGUCAUGCCUGUCAUUCACAUCAAACCAGGUAAAAUAUCAGAAUUUAAGGAGGCGUCAUGUUAUCAUUGUCCUGUCUACAAGACAAGCGAACGUCGAGGUACCUUAUCUACAACAGGACAUUCAACCAACUACGUCAUGCCAAUAUUACUCCCAACAGACAAACCAGAGAACCACUGGAUAAAACGUGGUGUGGCCUUACUGUGUGGAUUAGACAACUAAAACUAGACCAGAUGCUUUCAGUUCAUUGGUGUUAAUGUGUGCUUUCGUAUCUUAUCGUUUUGGUAGAUAUUUUUCUCUGAAAAAUCUUGUGUAUGUUUGAAUAUGGGUUUUAAGUUAUCUACUAUCGUAGAGAAGUGCAAAAAUGAUAUUUUGUAAACUGUUUGUAUUUGGUUUGUAAUUGUAAAGUAGGAACCAUCAUGCAUAAAGUAUGAUCCGUCAGUACUGAAUGUACCAUACAGGCCCAUAAAGGCCCAGGAUUUAACUAAAAAAACUAUAAUUUUUUAAAUGUAAUUUUUUAUGUUGAGUGGCUCAUUUUUUAAUGCUGUACAUAUAUUUAAAUAGUAUACUACAUGUAAAACCAAGUCUAUUGUACAUGAGAUUUGUUUACAAUAAAGCGUUUUCCUAAGAA